CUUUCCACUUCUUUCCAUGAGCGCAGACGGAGCAGAGCUGCUCCUGGACCGGGAGGCGGACACAGAAACCAGAACCCCGCGGACCUACACCAGCGCUCCUCCUCCAAUUUAGCCCAUUUUUAUCUUUUACUUACAUUUUUUUUAUUGUUUUAUUUUUUAUAAGUCUCCCAUCCAGUCCCGGUGCCGCGUCCACCAGCACCAGCAGCAGCACCAGCACCAGCACCUCCACCCGAGCGCGCACCUGCCCAGGAUGAUGCCGCCGCGGCCGCUGCUGCGCGCACGGGGCUGAUAUUCCACGGAGUAGCUGCCCGGACCGGACCGGACGGGUGGGUGGGUGUCCCUUCCACCUCCACCUCCACCUCGGCUCCAUCAACCUCCAGCAACCGCCACCUCAGCUCCACCCCGGCUCCCGGAGCUCCAGCCGCGGGGACGCACCGGCACCGGCACCGGCAGCGCGCACGGGGCUGACGCGCAGCGCCCGCGCCUCACGACUGUAAAACUGCACAGAAAUUGACUUGACACUGGAUGAAUAAUUCCACCCGUGACUGGAUUGCUUGAUUAGUGUCUUCUUUUUUUGGUUUGGUUUGUGAAUUCAGCCCGGUGUGGGUUCUUACUUUUGAGUUUUGGCUCCGCUUUUUGGCACCAGCAGACGCGGAGAACCGCAGCUCGGACCCGGGGAGCUCCUCCGCUUUAGGAUGUUGUGUGGACGAGAAAUGGCGGUCCUGAGGUGGGAAACCAUGCUGCUCCUGGCCAUCGUCCUGCUGUUCUCCUGCAGCGCCGCCCCCAGCAGCAUCGUGUACCGAGUACCGGAGGAGCAGCCGCCCAACACGCUCAUCGGCAGCCUGGCGUCAGACCUGGGCCUGCCCGACUCCGGACACCUCUACAAGCUGGAGGUGGGCGCGCCGUACCUGAGGGUGGACGGCAAGACCGGCGACAUCUACACCACGGAGAUCCCCAUCGACCGGGAGACUCUCAGAGACUGCCGCAACCUGUUCGAGGGGGAGAAGUGCAUCCUGGAGUUUGAGGUGUCCAUCACCGACAUGGUGAAGGGCAUCGGCUCGGGGCCGCGGCUCAUCGAGGGGCUCAUCGAGGUGCUGGACAUCAACGACAACACGCCCCAGUUCAACUCGCCCAUCCUCUCCAUCGCCAUCCCCGAGAACACGCACAUCGGCGCCCUGUUCUCCAUCCCCGUGGCGACGGACCGGGACUCCGGCCAAAACGGCGUGGCUGAGUACACGCUGACCACCGGGCCCGACGCCGACCAGCUCUUCAGCCUGCAGGUCGCCGUGGACUCGGACGAGAAGCUGCCGCAGCUGGUCGUCAUGGGCAACCUGGACCGCGAGAAGAAGGACUCGUACGACCUGAACAUCCGGGUGGUGGACGGCGGGAGGCCGCCGCGGGCGAGCAGCGCCUUGCUGCGCGUCACCGUCACGGACCAGAACGACAACGCCCCCAAGUUCGAGAGGAGCCACUACGAGGCCGAGCUCCCGGAGAACAGCCCGCUGGGACACUCCGUCCUGCAGGUCCGAGCCAAUGAUGCUGACACCGGCACCAAUGGGGAGAUAGAUUACAGCCUCCAUCAGGCAUCUGAGACUGUCCAGAGGCUUCUUCGCAUCGAUCGCUCUACAGGCAUAAUCUAUGUCAAAGGUCUGGUGGACAGAGAGGAAGAGAGCUUCCUUAAGUUCUUUGUUGUUGCCAGAGAUCGUGGGCCCAAUUCCAAAUCGUCCAAGGUUCUGGUGACUAUCAGCGUUAGGGACCAGAACGACAACGCUCCAGCCAUUGAGAUCCGUGGUAUUGGGUUGGUGAUACAUCAGGACGGAGUAGCCAACAUCUCUGAGGACAUGCCCAUCGGUACACCGGUGGCACUGGUCCAGGUGUCGGACAGGGACGAGGGGGAAAACGCCGUGGUGACGUGUGUGGUCGCAGGAGACGUCCCGUUUCAGCUACAACCCGCAAGCGAGUCGGCCAAUGAUCGGAAGAGGAAGUACUUCCUGCGGACAACAACCCUGCUGGAUUAUGAACGCGUCAACUUUUACAGGAUUGAAAUCGUUGCUGUGGAUUCAGGAAAUCCAGCUCUUUCCAGCACCAACUCACUGAAAGUGCAGGUUACAGAUAUGAACGACAACACACCAGUUUUUUCUCCUGCGUUGGUCGAGGUGGACUUUGCAGAGGGAAACCAGCCAGGUGACAAAGUUCUCAAUGUUGUUGCGGUGGAUGCAGACAGCGGUAGCAAUGCAGAACUGGUCUACAGCAUCAUUGAAGCCUCGGCCAACCGGCUCUUUGAAGUUGAUGCCGACUCUGGGGAAAUCCGGGUGAAAAACAUGCUGGAUCGGGAGGAGACCGAGCGUUAUGAGUUCCGUGUGGCUGGAGCAGACAAAGGUGUACCAAGUAAAACUGGUACUGCUACGGUGGUGGUAAAUGUCCUAGACCGCAAUGACAACGACCCAAAGUUCAUGCUGAGUGGCUACAGCUUCUCCGUCAGUGAAAACAUGCCUCCACUCAAUCCCGUUGGUGUUGUGACUGUCACUGAUGCCGAUAAGGGGGAAAAUUCACAAGUGAAACUGUUUGUGGAACCAGACAAUGGGAAGUUUGUCAUCCAGAACGGUACAGGAACCAUCCUGUCCAGCAUUUCCUUCGAUCGUGAGAAGGAAAGCACUUAUACCUUCCGUCUAAAGGCUGUGGACGGUGGUGAUCCACCUCGAUCCUCCUACGUCGGUGUGUCUAUCAAUGUCUUGGAUGAAAAUGAUAAUGCACCCUACGUCACCAAGCCAGCUAACUCCUCCUACACAUACUUGACACCCGUCACUCCCCCGAACACGCCUGUAGAGGUGGUGGAGGCAGAGGAUAUUGAUGCCGGACUCAAUGCCGAGCUGGACUACAGCAUCGUGGGUGGCAAUCCGUAUGGCCUGUUUGAAAUAUCCUCCAACAAUGGGGAGAUCACACUAGCACAACAAUUCACCGGCAAGCACAAUGGGCUCCAUCGGUUGGUAGUUAAGGUCACUGAUAAAGGCAAACCCCCUCGUCACACCACCGCCCUGGUCCACGUGUUUGUAAAUGACACCAAAUCCAACGUUUCCCUCAUUGAGGCACUGGUUGGACACAGUCUCUACACACCUCUGGACAGAGACAUUGCAGGAGAUCCCAACUAUGCCCUGGCUCAGCGCAGCAACAUCCUGUAUGGCAGCCUCGCUGGGAUUGCUGGUGUGAUUCUGGUUAUCGUAGUCGUGGUGGUGAUCAGACACCGGCUGCAGAAAGAUACAAAGAGCGGUUACCAGGCUGGCAAAAAGGAGAGUAAGGAUCUCUAUGCUCCAAAGCAGGGUCCUAAAAAUGGCAAAGGGAAGAAAAGUAAAAAGGGCAAAGCUCCGAAACAAGCCAAGCCCCCGGAGGAGGAUGAGGAGGCCAGUCUGCAGAAAGGUCUCAAGUUCAACCUCAUCAAUGACAAUGUCAAUGACAGUCCCAGAAUUCAUCUGCCCCUUAACUACCCACCAGGAAGUCCAGAUCUGGGCCGUCACUACCGAUCCAACUCCCCCUUGCCAUCCAUCCAGCUGCAGCCACAAUCCCCAUCUGCCUCUAAGAAGCACCAAGCCGUUCAGGACCUUCCAGCUACCAACACCUUUGUAGGGACAGGCGACAACAACUCCACGGGAUCCGACCAGUAUUCGGAUUACAGCUACAAGGCCAAUCCACCUAAAUACAGCAACAAACAGCUGCCCCACCGCCGAGUGACCUUCUCGACGUCCAACCAGGCGCAGGACCUGCAGGACGCGUCCCAGCACAGCUACUACGACAGCGGCCUGGAAGAGUCGGAGACCCCCAGCUCCAAGUCGUCGUCGGGGCCCCGGAUCGGGCCGCUGGCUCUGCCGGAGGACCACUACGAGAGGACCACGCCCGACGGCAGCAUCGGCGAGAUGGAGCACCCGGAGAACGACCUCAGGUCCCUCCCCGACGUGGCAAUGACUGGUAACUGCACCCGCGAGUGCACCGAGUUCGGCCACUCGGACUCGUGCUGGAUGCCCGGACAGCCUUCCCCCAACCACAAGGUGUCCAAGAUCGCCCCCCAGCUCUCCACCUUCGUGCCUUACCAGGAGAUGGACGGCCAGGAGCAGCUGAUGGCCAACGGCAGCCCCAAGCCCAUGGUGAUGGAGGAGCGCGGUCCGGGCGGAGGCGGCGCCGGCGGCAGCAGCGGCAGCUCCAAAGUGGCCAACAUGAGGUUCAUGACCCCCUACAGCAGUGCCUACCCGGGGAGCGGGGGCUCGUCCGGGAAAGACUGUGGGCUGGAGGAGAUCCCGCUGAGCCAGGCGGCGGAGUACCACUCCGCCACCACCCCGACCGGCCAGACCUCCAAGAGGGAGAUCUACCUGUGAGGCCACGGCUCCCCAAGUCCCCCCCCCAAACGUCUCUGCUCACCGCCACUCGUCCCCCCCCCCACAGCGCCCCCUGUGCCUAUAACUCGUUGUGCCGCAGCACCGACUUCCCCUUCCUCCUUUUUAUAACUGCAUCACCAAACAAGGCUUUAGACCCCCGCCUUCCCCACCGCCCCCCCAACCCCUCGAGAAAACCAAUCAAAUGUAAAAUUUAAAUUGAAGAAUAUACACAGUUUGUGCUGCUGCAGAAGGAAUGUAAACUACACCUCAUCGUUGUGAUGAUUUAUGGGAAACUAUUUAGCUGCUCAUGUAUUUGAGUUGAACCUUUGUGCGUUGCUUUCGGCUGUGUCGGUGUGUUGGACCAGAAAAAGAAAAAACAAAAAAAAAAACACCUUCGGGGGGAGAAGGGAACAAACUUCUUGUAAAUCCUACUUAAGUAUACUGUGUAUUGCUAUCUAUCCUCAGUUUUUGUUCAACUGUAAUUUUGUUUUCUUUACUUUUUUGUUUUUUCUCCUGUCGACUCCGGAGGCAGGAAUCAAAAUCAACCAGGUGUGUUUUCUAGAACAGCUAACUUAAGACGUUUUCACCAACGCACUCGUUUUCUAAUCUCUGGAGUUGAUCUUUUACACCCCCCCCCCUUCACCGUGGAGAGGUAUUUCUUCAGUGUACAGAGCUGUAAAUACUACAAACAGUGACCGAGGGAACUGGUGCGGCUCAGAGGACGUGGAUCCGUGACUGUUGCGUCAUCUCCGGACCUUCACCUUGGCAUGAUGAGACGGGAUGACGUCCCAGCACCCGCUUGCCGCGCUGCAGGAAUCUGGACUCUUGAGCGUCACCGACGGUGCCGAAUUAAGAACAUGAAACUUUUCGUUUUGCUCUUUUUUUGCUCUACGGCUUUACAACAUGCUGGAGUUUGAGUUUACAAGGGUUGGAAGCGUCCGAGGAAAACCAACUUAGUCAGGCUGAAAAGAAGUUUGAUGUUCUUUGGGUUUCAUUCAGUGGAUCAUAAUCUAUGUACCGAUUACUCAUGCUGUUGUCAGUAGUACACCAUGAUGGGCUAGACCGAACAACGAAGGUUAACUUCACCCUUACAGAAAACUUUUUCAGAUAAAAGUUUCUCUUUUAUAUUUAUAUUUUAAAAGUUUAGAAGGACUGCAGCUUUGAAUUACAUCCACUCAAGAAAAUAUAAAAACAACUCAGCGCUCACAGUCCACCAAGUCUUCUUUGAGGCUCAAAUUUCUAAAUUUGUUCCCUGACAGAAAUCUGAAAUCUGAAAGGUUCGUCCUCAGGAGAGCAGGAACGUUGUGAAUAAAACUGAAUCCGAGGAGGAGAGUCCAGCUUGGUACCGAUGUCGUGACAGUUGGAUGCAUGUGAGGCUCUUAACUUCAUCCUUACACAAAACUAUCCAUGAAAACAUUUUCAGAUAAAAGUCUCUCUUUUAUAUUCAUAUUUUAAAUGUUUAGAAGGACUACAACUUUGGAUUAUUUUCCACUCAAGAUAAUAAUCAUAAAAACAACUCAGCGCCCAGAGUCUUGAUAAAUGUUACCAUUAGCUAAUUACAAGCCUCAAAUUUCAAAAUUAGUUUUCUGACAGAAAUCUGAACGGUUCGUCCUCAGGAGAGCAGGAACGUUUUGAAUAGAACUCCGUCGUGUGACUGAAUCUGAGCUGGAAAGUCCAGCUUGGUACCGAUGUAGCGACGGUUGGAUGCAUGUGAGGCUCUUCAGAGGUUUCCACGGAGACUUAAAGGUGUACGGUUCAUCUGAUGCUCGAUAGGUCCGUUCUCACGUUUGCUUGUUGUGACUAAAGUUGCUUUCGUCAACAAAAAUUAUGACUAAAUAUCGUCGUCAACGAACCUUUAUCACCUGAGGAAAACGAGACGAGACACAACGAAAAUGCUAUAGUGAAAUAUAUAAUUCAAUAUCGUAGAUGAAUAAAAACGAGACUAAAAUGUAGAUUACAAAAUAAAAACUCUGAUAAAAUGUGUCUUCAUUUUCGUUGACCAAAACCAGGCGAAAUGUUCUCCCAAAGAUCCUUAACAUCCAUGUUUUCAGUAGUUUCCUCUGGUUUAAUGUCCAUGUUUUCAGUAGUUUCUCUGGUUUAAUGUCCAUGUUUUCAGUAGUUUCCUCUGGUUUAGUUCUGCUGGGUGACGUUAGUCCUCAAUCCCAGUCGCUGCAGCGGGGAAUCAGAUCCAGAAGAUGCAGCUGCAGAGUUAGAGGCUGAUGCCGUUAACGCAGAGCUCUAGGUUCACGUCAAUUAAAAACAAAGUUACAUAGAGAAACGCGGGGAUCUGCUCUGGGGCUGGAGAAGAAGAAGAAUAUCCAUCUUUGGAUCCACUUUCCUACAUAGACGUGGAAAAGAAAACCCAAUGUGUCGUCGAAAAAGACAAAAACGGAAGAAAUGCAGAAAAAUAAAUAUGUUGUAAACUCAAAUUAGAGUCUUCUGUAUCUGGAAUGAAUGUAUUCUUGAGUCUAUAAGGUAACAAUAAUAUAAUAAUAAGAUAACCUUGUUUGAAUUGUAAAAUGGGUUUGGCUAAAUACUAUCUUUGACUAAAACUAGACUAAAAUGGUCCUGGACAAUUCUGACUAAAAUAAGACUAACAUGCUCAGACUUUUAGUCGACUGAAACUUGACACGACUAAAAGGAGAAUGAACGUGACUAAAACUAAUAAAAACUAAAAUGAUAGCUUGACCCAAAGACCAGACUAAAACUAAAAUAGAAACAGGCUGACAGAAACAACACUAGCGGUGACUUUGGUGAGCGUUGCUCGGGGAUGUGUUUGAGCCAUUUCCCACCUCUUUAUAUCCUUAGCAUGUGGCCAAACGGGGUUGUGUUGAGCAGGAGUAUUUAUUAAACCUGUCGAUUAAACCUGUGGGAGAGGUGCUGUGGACCUGCAGCCACAAAGAAAUGCAGAAUUAAUGGCACCUGUGCAGGUUUCAGUCCACUAACCGCGGAGAAACUACACACAACCCCAGGCCGCGCACACCAACACUCAUAAUUUGCGCUGGUUUAGAAGUUCUUGCAUCCCGGGCCUCGUGUUAACGGCUGCUAAGAGUAAUGUGGCAAUGCACCUGAAAAGUAUUGACCACCUGCUGAGGCCGGAAGGAUGGAUGGAUGAAAGGAAAAAAGAAACCUGAACCAUCGGUUCCUCUCUUAGAGGCUUGCGCUUAAAACAAAGCAAAAAAAAAGGAAAAAAUCACCCGCAGAGGUGACAUCAUUUCACUUGGGUCCCACACUAAUCAAGCCUGUCCUCUGGAGUGAAGGCGUGAGUGGAGUGGUAAAAAUAUUUCAAUCUAUUCAGAUGAAAGAGGAGCUUGUGAUGAAGCAUUUCCCCCUGUAGACUGCCAUCAUACAACCUCUAAAACUAUUAAACACCUCAAAGAGAUGCAGAACUAAGUAGGUCAGAGCAAGUAAAGGUACAUUUUCGAUCUCUAAAUCACGAUUUCACGAGUACAAAAGGCCGCAUUAGGGCCGAGGAAGUAUCUCCAGGUGGUUUCAAGGAAUUCUGCGCGGAAAUGUUGCUGCAGAAACUUGAACAACUAAAGACUUUGAGUUUCAUAAGAGAAGGCAGCAAGACGGGUUUGUGGUUCUGGAAAAACCCUCAAGUGUCCACAGGUGGACAGGCGAGCAUCUUCUAUGCUCUCAGUUUCCUCUGUAGGGUGGAGGAUUCAACGGUUCGGGAAGAACGGGCUCUUCAGGACGAAUUAAAGGGCAGUUAUAGAAAUAAAUCCAUUUAUGAAGAUAUUUCAUUGGAAGAUGGCAAAGCAAGGCUAUAACUCGCAGCGCUCAGCUUCAUUGCCGCAUGUAAAAUGAAGAGGCUGAAGUCGGAAUACGAGCAGGUCAAGGACCAGAACAAUAAAUGAUGCAAUAACUGAAUUUCGUUUCCCUUUUAUGAGCAGAAAAAAAUGCAUUUUGAAGGAUAAAGCCAGCUGCCGACCAGAAAUCACUGCCAGUCUGGAGGAGGCCAUCGUACCUGGCCGUGGAGCCGGGCCCACCCCGGGUGUCCACCGCUGUAAAUGCAGAUAUCAGAUGUUAGGGGCCUUUUAAAUGAUAAUGUGAGCACCUCAUCAAAGAAAUUGGUUGUAGGCCGUAAAUUGAAAUGAGCCAUUCAGACCUCCAGCCUAAGUGCCGUCUGGGCUCCUCAGAUGCCUCCUGAGUGAAAGGCAGGAACAUGCCCUCAUAGCUGAUGUGGUGGAGGGUUUCCCGGCGUUGUGGAUGACUGUAACUAAAGAGGUCCAAAAUACGACAAUGACAGCGUACUGGGAUGUUUUAGGGGGGGAAUUAAAACACCUACUGUCCAUUCUGCUAAUGUCUAAUAUAAUAAAAUAUAAGCACACAUACAUGGGGGUGAAUGCAUGUGAGAGAAUACAUUUAGUUUCAUUUAGUGAUGUUGGAUACCACAGAUUUCCUUUCCGAUCCGAUAUUGAGUAAAAGUCAGGCUGGUAUCGACAAUACCGAUUUGGUGCCGAUAUAUUGUGCAAAAACACCUAAUGUGCAGGUAAAUCUAAAAAAAAUGAUAUCCUUAAACUAUCUAAAAUACACCAGAGUCACUUAUUUAACUAUUUUAUUUAAAGUCAGAAGUAUACUGAUGUAGCGGCCUCAUUCACAAUAUAGCCUAGCUCUAAAAAGGUGUUUCCAUCACUAAAAACAGAUCAUAAGUAAAAUAAUUAAACCAUUAAAAUAAAUAAGAGAAUAAUAAACAAAAAUAAGAACUAUUAUAAAAAUUAAAAAAAGUACCAGCAGAGUGUCAUUUAGACAAAAUCUGAAUAGUUUAGAUACUUUCCCCCAGAUAACUGUUAAUGAUAAACAUUACCACAAAUGACUGAAGUAUCAAAAGUAUUGAUUUUAAUUUGAGAAUCGAUUUUAGAGCAUACAGUUCUGGUAUCGGAAGUAUCGAUAUUUCAGUAAUAAUCAUCACUAGUUUAAUUAUGCUUUGUUUGAGUGACGUCUCAGAGAUACUAAAACAUCACAGUUACUUCGUUUGCGGUCGUGUCUUGAUGACUGGCGUGAACGUUCAGCGUCUGUAAUCACCGUGGAAACGCUGCAAAGCCGUGCAAGUGACCAGACGCCUAAUAUCUUCUGGGUUGGGCAGGGGUCCUGUCUUUUUUUAUUAGGUAAAUCAUCAUUGUCAAGCGUGCUUCUGGGUUUUUUAAUGUAAUUUUGUUUGCGUGUUUUUUGCUGCAGCGUUUCCUCUACGCUUGUUCCCCGUGUGUGAGGUCGUUAGCUCGAUUCAAAGAUCCCACAGAUCUCCGAAGGAGGUUUGAUUCAUUGUUGACACAUCUGGCUGUUCGCACAAGCACAUAUAUCUACCACCAUUGAGCCGCCGCCCAACCCUCUGCGCCACAGAGAUUUAGAGUUUUCCGCCGUAGUUCUAGUGAUUUAAUGCUCAAAACUCUGAUUGAUUACUCCCAGGCCCGACGUGGAGGUCCAAACCCCCUUUAUUCCGCCUCAGCGGGCUUCAGCUUCAGCAUGGCCGGGUAAAUGUACUCUCUUCUGGGAUGCCCCCCCGCCGCCGGGCCGGGCAGCCCACUCCCAGGUGUGUGCUGCGUAAAAUAAAGAUAGAGGUAGGAGGCCGGAGGUUACGCGUUAUCAGUUUAACCUCAACUCUUUGGCACCAAUUAACCCCAGAAAAAGAAAAACAACCCCUCGCAACCCGGAGGAAACCUGGGCUGAACCUUUUGCUGUUGGGUUUACCUCACAGAGGAACCUGAGACCACAAGACCGACACUCAGACACUGCUGGUGUGUGUUUUUGUGCACGUGCAGAGAUUAUUUUGCAUAUUAAAAGCCUAAAAAUAUACAAUAAAGCUCAGCCUUUGCUUUGUUGCUUUGUUGAAGACGUACAAAAGGGCUGUUGGCGUCAUCUGACAACGUCACACCACCUUAAUAAUCUGUUAGUGGUUGAGAAACCUUAGAGGAAGCAGCUGAAAAUAUCUCUUGAUUACAUUUCGCAGCUCGGUGAACAUGUUGUGUCAUAAAUAACCGGUUGGCUUCUUGCUUUGAAGGGUUUUUUUUGCAUUUAGAUUCACGAGCACGGCCGCUUUUGUGUGCGCUGGAGCGUUUACUCUCCGUCCUCAUUUCUCCUGCGGACACUGGACAAAAUACCGUCGUAAUCAUUAAGACGUAAACAUUUCACUUUACUGAGCCACAUGUAAUUGUGAAAACAACAAAGCACUUAUGUGCUACAGGAAAUAGGACAACGCAGAAAGAGUUCGGACAGCUUUGUUGUUCUUAUAUUUUAACAACAGUCAGAUUUUUACCACAUUUGUCAAAUUUGUCUAACCGUCGCUGCCGUUUGUGCCCCAUUGAGGGGCAUCAGCAGAAAGAUCUGAGCGGUUCUUUUCACCCCGGAGCAGAAAGCACUGACACAUCCGAUAAAGACUUUAAUUUCAAAAAUAAAAGAAUACAAUUAAAACCAGAAUGUCAAACAUGCAUACUCUUAUUUUGAAGGGCUGGUAUUUGGGGUCCAGACUUUCACUUUUUCUCCCUCUCUAUUUUUUAAUAAUUGUAGGACGAACCUAGAGUCACAGCUUUGAGUUUCAAGCGUAUCCGUUUUAUUCUAACAUAGAAUAAUUCUAACAGCUUCUCUUUGAAUACGGAUGUGUUUGGGUUUCUAAAUGUUUGACUCGUACUGGAAGUUUGAGAACUUUCGAAUGGUCCAACUUUUCCUGCUCCCUGAUGGUGAACCUGAACCCCGAUGACAGGAACACGUCGUCCUGACGUCCCUCAGGGUCCAUGACACGGAUUUCAGAGUGGAAACUGUUCAUAAAUGCUAAGCUGGAGCCGCUCAAACAUUUAAACUGGCAUCAGUGAAAAGGCUUUACCUCUAAAAUUGAAGUUUUGUAAUGAUAUGUAAUCAUGGAUUUAAGAUGGAAAAAGCCUGAGAGGGGAGUUCAUCCUUGCGCACACCGAUAUUCAUCAUUUACCAGUAAUUUAUUUAUUCAUUCAUUCAUUCAUUUUUACCUCUAAAAGGCAACGUGCAUCUCUGAACACGCUGUUACACAAGCAGAAUGCAAAAACCGUAAAAAUCAGCAGUUUGUAAUUGCAAACCGGACCUAUUUCAGCCCUGAAACGCACGGCUUUACCCUUGACUUAUUAUUAACGCCCAAAGUGCACAGCUACAGUCCACUUCUGAAACACUUUUAAAAUGACUGAUUCAUUACUCAGAUAUAAAGAUAUCUGCAGGAAAUGCUCUGGUUUAUUUUGAGGAAAACAUGGGUUUACUACUGACCAGCAUGUUUUAUGUAGGACCGGAAAAGUCCUGUUUCUGGAAAUACAGGCUGCAUCGGAGAUGUGUCAGGUUCUUAAAAGGUGCAAUUACCCACUUCUUCUCGUACGAACUGUUGCACAAAUGACCGUUUUAACUACAAAUGACCAUUGCAGCUGCAAGCGGAGCCUUUUUUUUUUUUGUAAAUGAGAUGAUGUUUGGCCCAUUCAGCCGUCUGCUGCUUCAGUGAGGAUGUUACAAAUGAGGUUCUUUGCUUCUUCUGGUUCACCAAUUGGUUUGAGAAGUAAAAACAAAUCAGUGCAGCUUUAAGUGUCUUUUUUCCUCUAAAUUUUUAUAAAACAAAUCCAGAACUGCAUCUGGAUUAUAAUCUAUUUAAAGCAACUGACAUCUUUUGUGCAACAGCUUUAUUUAAGUCUAGAAAUCCCCCCAAAUAUUAGGUUUAUUUUACAUUUAUGUAGACAAUUUGUUCUACAAGAGAACAUUUAAGGGAGUAUGAUUGGAUGUGCAGCCUGUAUCUGGACUCUUUGUGUUCAAAUGUUCAUUUCUGUGGUCUGUUUGUGAACGUUGUGUGGUAUUUCUGAAUCUGUGCACCUUUGCAGCGGUUUCACUGUGUUCAGCACUUCCCUCUCCUCAGUCUGCCACCGCCAAGUCUGGCGGGACAGAACUGUGAAUCACCACUCAGUUGAAUUCAUCCUUUUCUCUCCGGACCCAAAUUUAUACCUCUUGUGGAAUCACUGUUAUGUAUUUUUGGGGGGUGUUUGCACCGAUAAUGACGUUUCAGUCACAAAAAUAAAAGAUAUAGCAGCCGGUGAAUGAAGGGAAAUAAUGACACAUCUGUCAAGUCACUCAGCUAUGUUUUUUUUUUAUAUCUUUGAGCCAAAAUCCCAAAUAACAUAAAAUAUCUACUUUAGGGUUCUUGAUAUGUCCUGUUCUUGAGCAAAAAUGGAACUAAAAAUGAAAACAUUACAAACAGCUUCCCAUUCGUUGAAAAGGACAAAAACUGCUAUUGACCAUAAAGACGUACGAAUCAUUGAUGUUUCCCAUGAAAAAUCUGGAGUUACAAACCAGAAAUCUUCCUGCUCAACGUCAACUUCGUCAAACUGUCUUUCUGACUUGAAACCGAGAAGAAAGAUUCAAUAAUCUUGUGAAGCAGGAAAUUUUGUAAAUGCUACCCAGUUAGCAAAUAAUAUUUGGCCCAAAUUUGUCCCAUUUCUCUACAGUUUUCUUCGGACCUUUCAACCACACCAGAUCCAGUGACGGAACAAACUAAAACCCAAGUUUGGCCCAUGAACUUUGGGCCACAUCAAUUCAGAGAGUAGACCAGAUUAGGCCGAAAUUUGAUGGUUCGAAUGCAUCUCUCUAGGCAAAUUAAACAUGCGUGUACGACCAACAGUAGUUUUUUUAAUGAUUACUGAACACAUUUUGGUAGUUUGGGCUCAAAAGUGGCCGCACACCAGUGCUUGUGAUUAUGUCACAGUUUAUAACUUUUUAUGUAUGAUGCGUGUAGUCGAACAACCCUCAGUAUUUUAAACACCCCCCGUCGGGGGCUGAUUGCGUGAAAAUCUCAAAUGAUGUAUCGCAGGAUACGAUCCUCCACUGUGACUGCUUGGUUCAGACAACUUAGAUUCUCCAGCAACUUGAAUUUCCAAACGGAUGUACAUAUUAGAGGUUGAGUGUAUUGACACGUAAAUUUAAAUUAUAAAAUUAUGCAGGAGAAGCAGUUUCUUUUUCUCCCACGCAAACAUUUUAUUAAAUUCUUCUUGACUAAUUUAACGUUACUGUUAAAGACGAAAGAACAAACUUCUUUCCUUGGCUGCAAGUUUAAUAUUUGCGAUAGAUACUGUUGUACAGGUGAUAUAUGAAGUAGUGCAGGUGAUUAACGUGCAAAGUCCAGAACCCGUCCCCCCGUGCAGCAUAUUCAGUUAUUACUAUGUAUGUUGAUUCUGUGACUGAAACCUCAUUUUUGCAUAAAUGUAAAGCAAAAUCAGAGCGAUGCCCCGAUGGCGAGAGUCGCGCUCUGCUUCAAAAACCUGGUGCAGACGGCCAGAGCGGGUCGCUGGUUCUGGUUGUGUAUUAUACCGAGGCCGGAGUCUCCGAAGACGAGGCGCCAGCUGAGCAUGAAACAAGGCAACUUUAUAAAUAUUAGACAUUUUUGUUGUUGUUGGAGUUGUUUUUAUCAAUGUUAUGGAACCGACACUGCUAUAGACAUACUGUAUGAAUAUAAGUGGUCGUUGCUGGGUUGUUUUUUUUGUUGUUUUUUUUUAAAUCAGACGCAGUGUUGUUUAUGUUUUCAUUUUUUUUCUUUUUCAGUUUUUUUAUUUCUCUCUAACCAGAUGCGCUAGAAUCUGUAUUUUCUGUUUCUUUACUCCAUCAUGAGAAAAAAAAAAAAAAACAACAGACGUUGAUCCAGAAACCCAAAAGGACAGGACUCAAGACUCCAGGAGCCGCGCUAUCACGCGCUACGGCGCGCUACGGCGCGUUACGACGCGCUAUGACGCGCUAUGACGCGCUAUGACGCGCUAUGACGCGCUACAACACGCUACGACGCGACUUGACGUGGCGUGGGCUCGAGACAGUUUGCCUUAAAUGUCCCACAUAAACUAAACACUGAUACUCACAUGGAUGAGAUGCCGUCAAUGAUUCGUUUUGUACGAUUUAAGCGCUUUCCUCAGAGUGGAUUAUUACCUUUGAGCCCUUGCUGAAGCAAACUAAAUCAUCCCAAGGGUUUUCACAGGUAUUAUUUCUUUUUCAUAAAGAGAAAUUAAUUUAAAUACUGUAGAAAAAUGUGAUAAAUCCGUCACAUUCAGAUCUUAAAAAAAAAAAACAAUGAAAGAAUUGAAAUCUCUAAAUAAUAAUCCUUUAUAUAUUUGUAAUGUUGCUUUCUGAGCUCAAGGAUAUUUGUUUGAAAUUGACCUUUGGAGUAGAAGUUGAUCAGUUUGUAAUCAUUAGAUUUCUCCGAUAGCAUCUUAUUAAAGGCUUAUUAUCUAAACACAGCUGUUAAAUCGUUCUUUUGGUACAAAAGUGAAACGUGCACGGGUUGGUUCUCACGCUUUGAUUUUCUCUAAACGUUACGUAAUCUGGCAACUGGUUGUGAGAAAUAUUUAAGUGAUCUGUGAUCUUUAGCUACAGCAGAUGUAAAAAGAAAUCAACGAGUUUACCUACAUCAAAGAUGGAGAAAUGUUUUUUUUUUAAACAUUUUUUUUAGAUCAGAAAAAGAAAAACAGUGGGAUAGAGCUGUCGAAUCACUUUCGUCUUUACAGGAAGUCCACCUUUGUAGCCUAAAUGUUGGUUGGUUAUAUUUAUAUAGGAAAAAUGCUAGUGAUGCCUUGUUUUUCGUACAGUUUUAUGUACAUGCAAGUGUAGGUUUUUAAAAGAUGAAGAUGAAACUAUAUAUAUUCAAAAAACUCAAAAGAAGUCUGACCCUGAACCUGUAGGAUUAUAUCGUCUGAAGUAUCGUAGGCUCUAUUCAACGUAGGACUGAAGAGUCAGGCUCAGAGCGGAGGACGGCCGAGUGCCGCCUCCAGUCACACACCCAAGACACCACUCUUCUUUUUCCCAUGUUUGUCCAGGCCCACGCUAUACGUAAGUUGACUUUUUCUCUCUUUUAUUUUGUUUUAAUUACCUUUAAUUUUGGAGGAUGUUGGGUGAUGUGUUCACUUGAGCCUCAUCUGUUCUCUUUUCAGCAUCUGCAUGUUUGAAUUUUAAAAAAUGUGGUCUUUUAUUUUUGCUGAGUGAAUCAAAGAAACAAUAUCUUGUAAUUACUCCUUCCUCAUAGCUUUACAAUAAAAUACA